UAUCCAUGGUGCUGAAUUAAUCUGAGCGAAAUGUUGUUGCGAACCUACGCAGUUCACAGGGGACUUUCAUCGACAAGUUAACCCCCAAGUUACAUCGUCUGUAACCAAUAGGGGACGAGAUCAAAGAGACGGCUAAUGAUACGCGAAAGUUUAGGCUCGUGCGAAGGCACAAGCAACGGGACAACGUUUCAUCGCCUAAUGAAGUUCCAGUCGUAGAAUUACAGUGAUAAAUUUGGUGACGUGAGAAGGAAAGGAGACCACUUCUUCACUCAUGACAAGAAACCUUUCAAGAGACAAGACGUUGCGUAUGGUCACCAACAAGAUCAAAGACGAACUGCUCUAAGAAAUCCUUCAAAGGCUUUCAAAUGGAUUGGGGAUAUAUUAAUGCGAGUGAAAACCCCGUCAAUAACGCCACCAUGUUGCUGGACAACUCUUAUAUCCAGCUAUGGGAAGUCUUCGACAGUAGCGUGAAUGACAUGCGCUACUUCCUCAUCGGACUAUACACAACUGUGAGUGUCCUGGGUCUCCUAGGAAACGUCCUCAUACUGACGGCCCUGGCCAGGAAGUGGAGAGAAAAGAGCAUCAUAAACUUUCUGGUGGGCAACCUCGCCUUCUCAGACAUCCUGGUGGUGGUGUUCUGUUCCCCUUUUACUCUCACCGGCGUGCUCCUGGAUCACUGGAUUUUCGGGGAGGCCAUGUGUCACAUCGUGCCCUUCCUGCAGUGCGUGUCCGUGGUGGUCUCCACACUCGUGCUCAUGUCUAUCGCCAUGGUGCGCUACCACAUGAUCAGCCGGCCCCUGUCGGCGCACAUGUCCGUAAACUCGGGGUACCUGCUGCUGGGCGCGAUAUGGACGCUGGGCCUCUCCAUCUGCUCCCCGCUGCCCGUCUUCCACACCACGGUGGACCUGAGCGAGGCCUUCCCUCUGGAGUCGCUGAAGGAGAAGUGGCAGUGUGUCGAGUCCUGGCCGUCGGGAGGGUACCGGGUGGCCUUCACCAUCUGCCUGCUGCUGGUGCAGUACAUCCUGCCCGUGGUGUGUCUGACGGUGAGCCACGCCACCGUGUGCCGCCGGGUGCGGGCGGGCGUCCGGACGCAGCCCCCGGGGCAGGCCGAGGAGAACGAGGUCAUCCGGCUCACCCUCCAACCGCCCGACGGCAAGCAGGGCUUUCUUCCGCGACGCCUCCCCGCCCCGGAGGGCCCGGGGCCGGGCGGGAAGCAGAGGCGGGGGUACGGCAGGAAGGGAUGCGCGGUGGGGCCCGACGCCCGAGUCCUCCCCCGGGGCCUCCUGCUUCCCAGCGUGCCCGUCUGCUUCGAGCUGAAGGAGGAGGAGCGGAGGGCGGCGCUGGCGGCCCGCGCCUCUGUGUCGCGCAGCAGGAAGCGCUCCCGGGCGCUGUUCGUCAAGCUCACCGCCGUGGUGCUGGCCUUCGCCGUCAGCUGGAUGCCCCUGCACGUCUUCCACCUGCUGGCCGACUUCGGCACCGACCUCAUCUCCUCCCGCCACUUCAAACUGGUCUACUGCAUGUGCCACCUGCUGGGCAUGCUGUCCUGCUGCCUGAACCCGCUGCUCUACGGCUUCCUGAACAACGGCAUCAAGGCCGACCUGCUGUCCCUCAUCCGCUGCUUCUGA